AUGGCCCAGGGAGGGCUUCAGUUCCCGAGUUCAGCCCAGAGAGGGCUGCUGUUCCCGCUUCUGGACCAGGGAGGGCCACAGAUCCCAAGUCUAGCCCAACAAGGAGUCCUGUUUCCACGUCCAGCCCAGAGAGGGCUUCAGGCAUCAUGUCAAGCCCUGAGAAGGCUGCGGUUCCCACGUCCAGCCCAGAGAGGGCUUCUGUCCCCGAACCUGGCCCAGAGGGGGCUUCUGUUCCCGAGUCCAGUCAGGAGAGGGCUUCUGUUCCAGAGUGCAGCCCAGGGAGGGCUUCUGUUCCUGAAUGCAGCCCGGAGUGGACUUCUGAGCCCAGCCCAGAAUGAAUCAGAAGACAGUCAAGACACAGUGGAACAAAUCCUGAAAUGCAUCAUUGAGAAUGAAGCCAAUAUGGAGGCUUUCAAAGAGAUGCUGGUUGGCCAAAAUGUUUGCGAACAUCUCGAUCCACGCAGCUUGCGUCACAAAGAUAGCGUCGGUGGUCUUCCCCUUCACCAUCACACCGUUCAUCUGGGAGGCGAGAUCAGCUCGUGUGUUCACUGUAUGCAGAGUCACGUGUUAAAAACACGCCGCAGGAGCCGAGUGUCUCGAAGCAGAGCCCGGCUGGGAGAGCAGACCGUGUUUUCUGUGGGCAGAUUUCGUGUCACUCACAUGGAUAAGAGGAACAGCCUGCAGGGUUCGAUGAAUCUUCCUACACCAAAGCCUGGAAACACAUCGAAUGACACAACAAUCUCAGACAGCAGGACGGGUAAUAAAGACACUUCCAAAAAACCUCAGGAGGAAUACAACAUCCGCAACAUGUUCAAAGAAGCUGGAGCCGUGAAAGGCAAAGUCCCGCACCUCAGCAAACGCAAGAAAAGUGUGACACUGCUGGGCUUCUAUAAGGCUGGUAAUGCUGUGGAGACUAAAGCAGGACAGGAGGUGUUUGUGGAGGACAAGGAGGAGUCGAGCACCGCCGAUCAGUUAUCUGAAUGCUGGAGCGCAGCGUCUCCCACAGAUCCCACCAAACCCGCUUUAGAUGAAAACUCAAAUAAAGCCUGUGGGAGUCAGUUACAGGAGACUCUGAGAGAGAGCAGCCCAGAGAACCAGAAGACUGAUGAAGCCACUUUAAAUGAGAAACCACAGGACAAAAUAAGUGCAAACACAACGGGGAUUGUUGGUGAUGGUUCUAAUGGCAGCUCUAGGUUUUCUGUGGUACAGACUGUGGAAGAGACUAUCAUCCCACCCGCAGCUAACACAGACAACAGAGAUGAUACAACAGCACAUGAUGACCUUAAGACUGGACAAGUUAGUCAGGAGAGUAUAGACAACCAGCAAUAG